AUGACGAAGAGAGGAUAUGGGAGCUGUGGGACAAUGAGGGAAAACCGUCUCUUUGACAUUCCUUUCAAACCAAAGAAAGAAUUCAUGCGCUUACCCCGAGGAAGCUCUGAAGUUCUAACACAAGGAGAGAAGCUGCUGGUUCGCUGGAAGGACAACAACAUUGUCACCAUGGCUACAAACAUGGAGAAGAACUAUUCUGAGACAGUUGUCAAACGAUGGAACAAAGAGCGACUAAACUCCUCACCGCAGCUGUCCCUGCAUCCACCUCCAGAGCCGGUACUGUCGGAGUCGCUGUCUCCGCCGUACUUUGCUCCCCAUGGCCUCUGCAACAUGGAGUCACAAGGAUCUGAUCCCAGGUCUAAACCUGAACCUGGACCCAGACCUGGACCUGCUCCCAGCUCUGUCUCUGUGAAAAGUGACCAGUCCAAAGAGGAAGGUCCCGUGUUUAAUGAAGAAUGUCCUGAAGAGCAGAGGUGA